AUGGCUUCUUCUAAUAGACACUGGCCAAGCAUGUUCAAGUCUAAGCCCUGCAACCCUCACCACCAAUGGCAGCAUGACAUCAACUCCUCCCUCAUCUCAACUGGUUGCCACAGAAGCCCUUACACUUCAGGUACGGGUUGUGAAGAGAGAAGUCCAGAGCCAAAGCCAAGGUGGAACCCAAAACCUGAGCAAAUUCGCAUUCUGGAAGCUAUAUUCAACUCUGGAAUGGUGAAUCCUCCCAGGGAUGAGAUAAGAAAGAUAAGGGCACAGUUGCAAGAGUAUGGUCAAGUGGGUGAUGCAAAUGUGUUCUAUUGGUUUCAGAACCGCAAAUCAAGGAGCAAACACAAGCUUCGCCAUCUCCAAAACUCAAAAAAUCAGAACCUUGAAACUCAACAAAACCCCACUUCUCUCCCUCAAAUCACUGCACCCUCAUCCUCAUCUUCCUCCUCUGAGAAAUCUUCUCCAAAAGAAUUAAUACCCAGCAAGGUAUUCUCCAUUGGAUUCUCGAACAUCACUGAUGUAGUACCUAAUUCUCCAACUACUUCUGUGAACCAGACCUAUUUUCAGACUCACAAUGAGUCUUCUAUGCUUUCACUACCACCACCUGCUGCUGCUGCCGCACCAACUGGGGCGUUCUUCUUCCCAGUGCAACAUCAUGGGCAGGGAGUAGCACCUAGUACGGUGACAACACAAGGCUUUUGCUUCUCUGAGCUGUCCAAUGUUGUUCAACUGCAAUCACAUGCUCAACAUAACGUUGGUCCUUGCACUAGUCUCUUGCUCAGUGAGAUCGUAGGCCAUGGUGCUGCUGCAUCAAAGAAAGAUCUAGAACAAGACAAGUCUCUGAAAAUAAUGCACCAGCCCUCACUGCUUAAUUUCUGUGUCACUCCCAUAACAACAGCUCCUACUACUACCACUGUUGUAUCUCCCAUCACUACCUCAACCACCACUGUUCUAUCCCCCGUCAUUGCUCAAGUUCAAGGCAUGGUGGGAGAUCCAGCUGCUGCGGCGAGAUCAACGGUGUUCAUUAACGAUGUGGCAUUCGAGGUAGCGGUGGGGCCUUUCAAUGUUCGUGAAGCUUUUGGAGAUGAUGCUGUGCUCAUCCAUGCCACUGGUCAACCUGUGCUAACAAAUCAAUGGGGUGUCACUCUUCAUUCUCUCCAGCAUGGUGCAUGUUAUUAUUUGGUGCGCACAUUAGCCCUGCUUCUGUUGCAAUAA